UACUAUACGCCAAACUUCAAACAAGUUUAUUUUAUCCUUUUAGCUUCUAAUGCAACUAUAUAAAGGCUAUUUUUCUCAUUUGAGAAAAAAACUUACAUGUAUAUAUUCUCUUUUUCACAAAUUUGAAGACGAAGAAGGAGACGGAGACGAAGGAUAAAGAGAAGGCGAAGAAGGAGAGGGAGAGUUGAUGGUGUGUUUUUGUUUUUUGGUUGAUCAAAAGAGCGUCGUGCGGCGGAGCAAGCCGGCGGCGGGGACGUGCUCAAGGUGCCGGCAUGGGGCGACGGUGGCGGAUAUGAAGACGUCGACUAGGUUUUGUUACAUCCCCUUUUAUAUCAAGUCAUGGAAGGCGAUCAUGUGUAGUUUUUGUGGGAGUAUUCUCAAAUCGUACAGAUGAAUUAAUUCAAUUAUCAUGUACGUAUAUUAUAUAUAUGUAUGUGUUUAUAGUUUCAUAUGCAUAUGCAUAGGAGAAUUUAAUUUAAGGGCGAAUCUCGAUCGUUUUGUUUUUGGAAGGAAGAAGUUAACGAGGGUGUGUACGGAUGUGUUAUUAUUGAAGCGAUCUAGUCAUCGAGGUAUUUUCAUUUCAUAUUUGGAAUAUACUCCACUUCUUUAUUAA